AACCUUUCAGCAAGGUCUCAAAGUCCAAGGAAGGGGCUGUACAAAAAGCCAUAAGAAGUCGAGGUCCAAGGACAGAGACCACUCCAAGCUCGUGUAGCUGCUCCCCGGUACUUAGCAGCUUUGAAUGAGAAAACUCCACAGAAAAGAAAUGAAGUUUGAAGAUCUCUUGCUGGACAUUGGUGGCUUUGGCCGAUUCCAGAUUUUGAUUUUGUUUCUCCUCUGCUUCCCAAGAAUCAACCUUCCCAUGCAUUUCCUGCUGCACAAUUUUCUUGCUGCUACUCCCUCUCAUCACUGUGCAAUUCCACACCAGGAGGCAUUUGUGAACUUCACCACAGAGGAACUUCUACUCAUCAGCAUCCCCCGGGAGCCUGACGGCACCUUCAGGUCCUGUGAGAUGUUCUCACAACCUCAGUUUUACCUCCUGCUCAAUUCCUCUCUGCAACCAGAAAAUGACUCGAUUAUUGAGCCCUGCAAGCACGGAUGGGUCUACGACCACUCGCAGUUUGCCUCCACCAUAGCCACCCAGUGGGACCUGGUGUGUGAGCAGCGUGGACUGAACCAAGCGACUGCAACGUUCUUCUUCGUUGGUGUCACAGUGGGGGCUGUGAUCUUUGGAUACCUUUCGGACAGGUACGGCCGGAGAGCUCUGCUGCUGCUGUCGCUGCUCUGCUCGCUGCUCUUCGGGAUGCUGAGCGCCGCCUCCGCCUCCUACACCAUGCUGGCUGCCACGCGGACCCUCACCGGCGCGGCCCUCAGCGGCAUCUCCCUUAUCGUGCUGCCUUUGGGGAUGGAGUGGGUGGACGUGCAGCAUCGCACCCUCUCGGGGAUCCUCACGAGCAUCUUCUGGAGCGUCGGGAACAUGCUGCUCGCCAUGGUGGCCUACCUGGUGCGGGACUGGCGCUGGCUCCUGGUGGCCGUAACUGGGCCGUGUCUCCUGAGCAUCGUGUGCCUGUGGUGGGUCCCGGAGUCUGCCCGCUGGCUCAUAGCCAACGGCAAGGCGAAGCAGGCUCACAGGCAUCUGCUUCGCUGCGCGAGGAUCAACGGCAGGAAGGACUUCACCAUCUCCACAGAGGCCCUCAAGAGGAUGACGACGGAGAAGGCAGGGCACGGCCACUCCUACGUCAGCCUGUUCAGGACCCCGGUCCUGCGGAGGAUCUCCCUCUGCUCUGGCGCUGUGUGGUUUGGCGUUGCCUUCUCUUACUACGGCAUGAGCAUGAAUCUAACGGGUUUUGGGCUCGAUAUCUAUCUCUCCCAAUUUGUUUUUGGCAUCAUUGAGAUCCCAGCCAAGCUGAUCAUGUAUGUGCUAGUGAACCGAGUUGGACGACGGCAGAGUCAGGCGUGGACCCUCAUCCUGACGGGACUGUGCAUUGGAGCCAACGUCAUCAUCCCCAAGUCUUUCAGCUCCCUGCGCUCUGUAGUAGCCGUUAUGGGCAAGGGCUUCUCUGAAUCUGCCUUCACUACUGUCUUCUUGUACACGUCCGAGCUCUACCCCACCGUACUGAGGCAGAGCGGCAUGGGCUACACGUCCUUCGUGGCCCGCCUGGGCGGCGCGCUGGCCCCGCUGGUGUUCCUGCUGGACAGCGUGUGGCCGCCCCUGCCGGAGGUGACGUACUGCGGCGUGGCGGCCUGCUGCGGCUCCGUGGCCUUCCUGCUCCCCGAGACGCUGCACGCGCGCCUGCCCGAGGGCGUCGAGGACGUGGAGGGCACGUGCGUGUUUCCUUCCUUUCAGGGCGAAAGAGCCGCUGCGAAACUCUGCUCUGGAGGGCACGCUGCUACAGGCUCAGCCCAAGUGAGGGCCUGCGUGGGACCACCGCACAUACCACGGGGGACUGCAAAGCUGAGCCAAGUUCCACCCUUUCCCCCAAAAAAUAAUGAAAGAAAAAAAGAAAAACUCCUUGCUGUCCUAUAGUCUGUUUCUUCAGAG